AUGGCUUCACUUAUUUCUAUCCCUCCAUUUAAUGAACUGCCUUUACACGAAAUGGAUCCACCACACUCUGCAUGGGGGCUAUGGGGUGAUGGCCAUUCAAGUGCCUUGGGUUCACUGAACUACCUGACGGACGAGUUGGUUCUAAGAGCAAUCAAGGAAGAGGUCAAGACAGGACAACGCGUUUCUUUGAAUCUUCCUCUCGAUAUGUUCGAUCCACCAUUGUUGGGUCGAGCUGCUUUCAAGCAGGAGGUCAUCAACAAGGAUCCGUUAGUAGUCAAUGACGAUGUGAUCACGUUCAAUACUCAAGGAAGUUCGCAAUGGGAUAGUCUGCGCCAUUUUGCUUACCAACAGGACAAAAGGUUCUAUAACGGAACCACACAAGAUCAAAUUCAUGCAACUAGCCGUACAUCAAUCAAUGGGUUGCAGGCCUGGGCUUCUCGAGGACUCGCCGGCCGAGGAGUACUAAUCGACUAUGCAUCCUAUGCGCAACGUCGCGGCAUUGAUGUAAACCAUUUUUCUGGCCAUGCAAUUCCCAUCGAAGACGUUUUGGCUAUCGCAAAAGAGCAAAAUGUGGAGUUUCGACAAGGGGAUGUCCUAUUCCUUCGAACAGGUUAUGUUGCGGCUUACAAGGGACUAGACACAUCUGGACGCGAAAAGGUGUCUGGCGUGCGUGAGUGGUGCGGUCUUGGCCAGUCGCGUGAGACAACCGAGUGGCUCUGGGAGAGACAAUUUGCUGCUGUGGCGAGUGACUCGCCGGGAUUCGAAGUAAGACGCAUACUAAUUUUCGAUUCUAGCACCGACGGAAAAAGAAUGGCAUCUUCACCCGAUUAUGUUGGCUGGAUGGGGUACACCUUUGGGGGAAUUGUUUGA